GAAGAAGGAAGGAGAUGGUACGUGCCGACAGCUCUAAACUGAUUGCGGUGAGGAUUGCUAUGUAUGAGAGAGUUCAGGGGGGAAACAGGAGGAAGUCACAGAGGCAGCCAAGGCUUGCAGGAUGGCGAGAGCCAAGCUGAAGAAUUCCCCUUCCGAGAGCAAUUCCCAUGUCAAAACCGUCCCGCCUGCGACGACAGAAGAUGUCCAUGGGGUGAGCCCCUUGUUGCCGUCUCGGAGGAUGGGAUCCAUGGGGAGUGAUGUCGGACAAAGGCCUCACGCCGAGGACUUCAGCGUGGAUUCCUCCUUCUCACAGGUGCAGGUCGAGUUCUACGUGAAUGAAAACACCUUCAAGGAGCGGCUGAAGCUCUUCUUCAUCAAAAACCAGCGAUCCAGCCUGAGGAUCCGGCUCUUCAACUUCUCCCUGAAGCUGCUCACGUGCCUCCUGUACAUCGUCCGUGUCCUGCUCGACAACCCCGAGGAGGGCAUAGGCUGCUGGGAAUGUGAAAAGCAGAAUUACACAGCAUUUAACCAGUCCACGAACAUAAACUGGUCACACAUCUUCUGGGUGGACAGAAAAACACCGCUGUGGGCUGUGCAGGUCAGCAUCGCUCUCAUCAGCUUUCUGGAGACCAUGCUGCUCAUCUAUCUCAGCUACAAGGGGAACAUCUGGGAGCAGAUUUUUCGCAUUUCCUUCAUCCUUGAGAUGAUCAACACGGUACCGUUUAUUAUCACGAUAUUCUGGCCUCCUCUGCGGAAUUUGUUCAUUCCCGUGUUUCUGAACUGCUGGCUGGCCAAGUACGCCCUGGAGAACAUGAUAAACGACCUGCACCGAGCCAUCCAAAGGACCCAGUCCGCGAUGUUUAACCAGGUGCUCAUUCUGAUCUGCACCCUCCUGUGUCUCGUUUUCACGGGGACCUGUGGCAUCCAGCAUUUAGAAAGAGCGGGUGAGAAGCUCUCCCUCUUCAAGUCCUUCUAUUUCUGCAUCGUCACCUUUUCCACGGUGGGCUACGGAGAUGUGACACCCAAGAUCUGGCCUUCCCAGCUCCUCGUCGUCAUCAUGAUCUGCGUCGCCCUGGUCGUGCUGCCGCUCCAGUUCGAGGAGCUCGUCUACCUGUGGAUGGAGCGGCAGAAGUCGGGCGGCAACUACAGCCGGCACCGCGCCCAGACGGAGAAACACGUCGUGCUCUGCGUCAGCUCCCUCAAGAUUGAUCUCCUCAUGGACUUCCUCAACGAGUUCUAUGCCCACCCACGCCUGCAGGAUUACUACGUGGUGAUCCUUUGCCCAACAGAGAUGGACAUCCAGGUGCGGCGGGUCCUGCAGAUCCCUCUGUGGUCGCAGCGAGUGAUCUACCUCCAGGGCUCUGCACUGAAGGACCAGGACCUCAUGAGAGCCAAGAUGGACAAUGGAGAAGCCUGUUUCAUCCUCAGCAGCCGGAACGAGGUGGACCGGACUGCGGCGGACCACCAGACCAUCCUGAGGGCCUGGGCUGUCAAAGACUUUGCUCCGAACUGUCCCCUCUAUGUUCAGAUCUUAAAACCAGAAAACAAAUUUCAUGUCAAGUUUGCAGAUCACGUUGUCUGUGAAGAGGAGUGCAAAUACGCCAUGCUGGCACUGAACUGUGUCUGCCCUGCCACCUCCACCCUCAUCACGCUGCUGGUGCACACCUCCCGUGGCCAGGAGGGCCAGGAGUCCCCGGAGCAGUGGCAGCGGAUGUACGGGCGCUGCUCGGGCAAUGAGGUCUAUCACAUCCGCAUGGGAGACAGCAAGUUCUUCAUGGAGUACGAGGGGAAGAGCUUCACCUACGCCGCCUUCCACGCGCACAAGAAGUACGGCGUGUGCCUGAUCGGCAUCCGGAGGGAGGAGAACAAGAGCAUCCUGCUGAACCCCGGCCCCCGGCACAUCAUGGCAGCGUCCGACACCUGCUUCUACAUCAACAUCACCAAGGAGGAGAACUCUGCCUUCAUCUUCAAGCAGGAGGAGAAGCAGAAGAAGAAGGGCUUUGCGGGGAGGGGCAGCUACGACGGCCCGUCCCGCCUGCCCGUGCACAGCAUCAUCGCCAGCAUGGGUACAGUGGCCAUGGACCUGCAGAACACGGAAUGUCGCCCUGCCAACAGCAGCAAACUGGCUCUGCCGGCCGAGAACGGCUCCGGGAACCGCCGGCCCAGCAUCGCCCCCGUCCUGGAGCUGGCAGACACCUCGUCCUUGCUGCCCUGCGACCUGCUCAGCGACCAGUCCGAGGACGAGAUGACACAGUCGGACGAGGAGGGGUCGGCAGUUGUGGAGUAUGUGAAGGGUUACCCCCCAAACUCCCCCUACAUUGGGAGCUCCCCAACUCUGUGCCACCUUUUGCCUGAGAAAGCCCCGUUCUGCUGCCUGAGGCUGGACAAGGGCUGCAAGCACAACAGCUUUGAGGAUGCCAAAGCCUACGGGUUCAAGAACAAACUGAUCAUCGUUUCGGCAGAGACGGCGGGGAACGGGCUGUACAACUUCAUCGUGCCCCUCCGGGCCUACUAUCGGUCCCGCAAAGAGCUGAACCCCAUCGUGCUGCUGCUGGACAACAAGCCUGAGCACCACUUUCUGGAAGCCAUUUGUUGUUUCCCCAUGGUUUACUACAUGGAGGGCACCAUCGACAACCUGGACAGCUUGCUGCAGUGCGGCAUCAUCUACGCCGACAACUUGGUGGUGGUGGACAAGGAGAGCACCAUGAGCGCCGAGGAGGACUACAUGGCAGAUGCAAAGACCAUUGUCAACGUCCAGACCAUGUUCAGGCUCUUCCCCAGCCUCAGCAUUAUCACGGAGCUGACCCACCCCUCCAACAUGAGGUUCAUGCAGUUCAGAGCAAAGGACAGCUACUCUCUUGCCCUUUCCAAACUAGAAAAGAGAGAGAGAGAGAACGGCUCCAACCUGGCCUUCAUGUUCCGACUGCCCUUCGCAGCUGGGAGGGUCUUCAGCAUCAGCAUGUUGGACACACUGCUCUACCAGUCGUUCGUGAAGGAUUACAUGAUCACCAUCACCCGGUUGCUGCUGGGCCUCGACACCACGCCAGGCUCUGGAUACCUCUGUGCUAUGAAGAUCACCGAGGAUGACCUGUGGAUCCGGACGUACGGCCGCCUCUUCCAGAAGCUCUGCUCCUCCAGUGCGGAGAUUCCCAUCGGGAUUUACAGGACAGAGUCCCACAUGUUCGCCACCUCCGAGCCCCACGACAUCAGAGCGCAGUCACAGAUCUCAAUCAAUGUUGAGGACUGCGAGGACACCAAGGACAUCAAGGAGCACUGGGGGAUCAAGACGAGCCACCACAGGAACUCGUGCUCCAGCGACCAGUCGGAGCAUCCCCUGCUGCGGCGCAAGAGCAUGCAGUGGGCCCGGCGGCUGAGCAGGAAGGGCAACAAGCACUCCAGCAAGACGGCCGAGUGGAUCAGCCAGCAGCGCCUGAGCCUGUACCGGCGCUCCGAGCGCCAGGAGCUGUCCGAGCUCGUCAAGAACCGUAUGAAGCACCUGGGCCUGCCCACCACCGGGUACGAGGAUGUAGCAAAUUUAACAGCCAGUGAUGUGAUGAAUCGGGUAAACCUGGGAUAUUUGCAAGGUAAUUCCCUUUCCCUGGGAGUCCCGCGUGACUCAUGGCGUGCAGCGUACAACAAGAUCAUGCCAGCUAAGCCCAAACCUCACCCUUGCCAGUUUUCACCUUAGAUCCCCGAGCUUUUCAGCACUAAUUUGUUGGGUGGCAUUGGAAAUCAAAGGACUGGCCUGUAGUGGUGGUGCAAACUCAGGGCUUCGCUAAAUCAGGGAGACAGAAACCUCAGGGACCCUUUUCUAGUUGAAUUCCUACAGGGAAAUCACAGCCCUCGCUGUCUCUAACAGAACCCUCCCCCCAUGGCUCUGCAAGGUGGCUUUGGGCUGUGAAGCCAGUGGCAGUUUGAGGAGGGGACGAGCACAGCAGAGCU